UGGCUCUGGCAUGCUUGUGUGCCACACCCCCUCCCCCCCACUCCCCAGGGGCCUAGAAGGCAGGUUGGCCGCUGGGGCAUGCCCAGCACCCGGGGGAGCCACCGGGGGACCGAGGGGAAAAGUCUCAGCUCCGUCUCUCCCCCCACACAGGGACUUGGACUCCUUCAGAGAGCGGUUGCCACGCAGCGGUGUUUAUUCAAGAGGAGCCUGGCGGAGAGCAGGAGUGUGCCGGGUCUCGGCUGUGGCCGCCUUGAGCCUGCUUGGACGGGAGGCCGUGGCCCGGCGCCCCUAAGCUGGGCCAGGGCAGGUGGUGGGUGCCCCCCACCCCGACCCUGCCUCCCUCGAUGCAGGGACAGCAUCGUCUCCAGAGAGAUAAGGACCCUGGAUUCCUCCGCUGACAGGGGUUUGGCCUCUGGAUGGAGAGGCCUCUGGAUGUCACAGGCCAGCACCCUUUGGACCCCUGACUACACUCAGGGCCCAGGGACAUCUGCCACCUUCAGACAGCCUGGUGGGCACCUUCCCCACCCAGGGCAUGGACACCCGUGAUGAUGUCCCUCCAGCCAAAGUCCUGGCUCCUGUGGCUGUGUACUGUGGGAGUGUUCCUCGGACUAGUGCUGGGCUCCGCGUGCCCCCACCUGGAAGCAUCGACGCGAGUCUUCUCCCUUAUGGUGAAGCCUCUCCGCAGCCAGGGUCGAGUGUCCCGCUAAGCAGUGAGAAGCCAUCCCAGCUCUUGAGUGGACACAAGGAUCAGAGUCGCCUCCCAUUGGAUGCUCCUUUGAAAAGCUGGCCGGCCAGGAAUGGCUACCCCAGGAACCUCGGAGCUCUGCCCUUGGGGCCUCACCCGGUGGCAGCUAUCCCCUCCCUGGAAUCAGAGGCCAGCAGCGUGGCCCGAGACACCAUCCAGAUUAAGGACAAGCUCAAGAAGAGGCGGCUCUCGGAAGGCAUGGCGGCGUCUUCUCAAGAUCCUGGGGGAGGCCCCAGAGGAGUUCCUCUGAGGAGCACCAUCCCGCGUACCACCUCACAGAGGCUGCUGAGGGUGGCCAGGCCAAUGCCUCCCAUCCAGAGCAUCCCCACCACCCCUGAGGCCAGCAGUGUCAAGGAGAAGGACCUGGACCCUCCUGGGGCCAGACAGCAUCUCCAGGACUCGGGAACCAGUGCCCAGGAGGUACAGAUUUCCAGGCAGUACCUGCAUUGUAAUGAUGAGAAGAUGCACAAGUCUCUAGGAGGCAUCGUGAUCCCGCCCAUUCCGAAGGCCCGGCUGCCCACGGGGACCUCUUCCUGCAGGCCUGACUCCCUGCCCAGCCCCUUGGGUCCAGGCCAGGAUGUGCUAACCGGACCAAGGGCCCUGCAGACUCGAUUGACUUGCGAGAAUGGGCCUCUGGAGAAGACCCCCACAUCUCUGGAGCCAAAGCCUUUGGUCCCAGCUGUCAAAGCCAAGUCUGCCGAAGGCCCCCCAAAGUCCCUGGCUUCGUCACAGCCUGCCUCCAGCCAUGCCAAAGAAGCCCACUCCCUGGUGACCGAAGAAGACCAGAAGGAGUCCAGCGCCAAGGUCCAGUUCACCAUUUCCAAGUCUGCCCAGGAAAAGAUGCGCCAGAAACAGAUGCGAGAGAUGGAGCUGCUUCGGAGGGCACAGGAGCCAGAGCGCGAGCCGGAGCUGGCUUCCCAGGGCCUGGGCGCGUGGAGAGCCUCAGCCAAGGAAGGCCUCCUUCCUUUGCGGGGCAGCGGAACCCUGUCUGUGCCCACUGGGCUGAGCAGCCCACGCAGAAAUAACGUCGGAGCCCUCCUGAGGAAGCGGGCCAACCGAGCCUCCCUGCCCAGCAUUCCUGUCAGCAAGCAAGAGCCUAGCUUUGCCCGCCAUGCGUCAGCUAACUCGUUACCUGCUGUGCUCACCUUGGGCUCUCCUGAGUGGGAGGAAGAGGAGGAGGAGGUGGACCUUCGAGCCUUCAGGGAGUUGAGGCCCUUCUCGAACCCAGAGCUGGGGCUGACAGAUGCCCUCCAGUGUCUCAACAGCAAUGAUUGGCAAAUGAAGGAGAAGGGCCUGGCGAGCAUCCAGCGCCUGGCAGCUUGUCACUCGGAGGUCCUGGGCACCCGGCUGCAUGAUGUGUCCUUGGCAGUGACUGCGGAGGUCACCAACCUCCGCUCCAAGGUCUCCCGCCUGGCCAUCAGCACCCUGGGAGACCUCUUCCGGUCUUUGAAGAAGAGCAUGGACCAGGAGGCUGAGGAGAUUGCCCGCUGCCUUCUGCAGAAGAUGGGGAACGCCAGCGAGUUCAUCCAGCGGGCAGCCAACCGGGCACUGGGUGCCAUGGUGGAAAAUGUGACCCCUGCUCGUGCACUGGUGGCCCUCACAUCUGCGGGUGUCUACCAUCGGAACCCUUUAGUCCGGAAAUGUACCGCCAAGCAUCUCUCGGCGGUCCUGGAGCAGAUCGGUGCGGAGAAGCUUCUCUCAGGCCCUAGAGACAACACAGACAUGCUCGUGCACAACCUGGUGAGGCUGGCCCAGGACUCUAACCAAGACACCAGGUUUUAUGGCCGGAAGAUGGUGAAUAUCUUGAUGGCAAAUGCGAAGUUUGAUGCAUUUCUGAAACAGUCCCUCCCGUCUCAUGACCUGCGGAAAGUCAUGGCGGCCAUCAGACAGCGGGGAAUACAAGACCAUCAUGGACUUCCAUCUGCCAAGGGCCGCAAGGUGUCCAAGAGUUUGGUGGUGUGUGAGAACGGAUUGCCCGGCCAGGAGGGGGGUCAGGCCCUGCUUCCGCCUAGGCUUGGCUCCAAUGGCCCACGGCUGAUGGGACUCCGUUCCUCCAUGCGGGGUGGUGUGGAGUUGGCAGAGCAGUUACGGGAGCUGACCAGGCUGCUGGAGGCCAAGGAGUUUCCGGCUCGGAUGGAAGGUGUCGGGAAGCUUCUUGAAUACUGCAAGGCUAAGCCAGAGCUUAUUGCUGCCAACCUCAUCCAGGUCUUUGAUACUUUUACCCCAAGGCUUCAGGAUUCCAACAAGAAAGUGAACCAGUGGGCAUUGGAAUCCCUCGCCCAGAUGCUUCCCAUCCUGAAAGAGAGCAUCCAUCCCAUACUGCUGUCCCUCAUCAUUGCAGUGGCUGACAACCUCAACUCUAAGAACUCUGGGAUUUCCACUGCCGCCUCCACUGUGCUGGACGCCAUGAUGGACAGUCUGGAUCACCUUUGCCUCCUUCAAGCCUUCGCCGGACGUGUGCGUUUCCUGAGUGGUCCUGCAGUGUUGGCUGUCACAGAUCGCCUCUCAGUGUUGGUGGCCUCAGUGUACCCCCGAAAGCCUCAGGCAGUGGAGCGGCAUGUCCUUCCAGUCCUCUGGUACUUCCUGAACAAAAUGACUGGCAAUGGUGUGCUGCCUGGGCGUGGUGGGAACGCCCGCCCGGUGGUGUGCAGGCUGGCCGGAAGCCUCCAGGAGCAAAUGGGGUCCCGCCUGCAGGACUUCGCCGCCAAUCAGCCCCAGCACGUCCUCAAGACACUCCAGGGACUUCUGGACUCUGGAUCUCCGGGGGCCAAUGACAAGGUCACCAGUGGAGAAAUAAUGCUCCCCGACAGCAAGGUGACUGGGACCAGCUGCCCCCAGCCGCCGGAUUAAAGCUGGGUCUGAAAUGGGAAAUGACUAUUUUUUACUUUAUUUUAUUUUUUAUGAUGGAGUCGCCUCACGGCCUACUCUCCCCAUUAGGGUCCCCGAUGUACAUAGUCUAUUUUGAAGUAGAAAUAAAAGAAUUGCUUAUUUUUUCUAAGGUUUCUUUUUAACCUUACACUUUUUUAACCACAGACAGGGAAUUUUCCAUCAGACCGGUUUACGAAACACAACAA